GAGCAACUCCACUUGCUUUUUCACUCCUGCUCGCUACAGCCUUCUCCGACGCCAAAACCUCUCGUCUUCUCAUUCGUCGUCGUCGUCUCCUGCAGAUGGCUGUUACGUUCUCCGAUCUGCACACAGAAGCCGGCCUCAAGUCCCUUGAGGCGUUCCUCGCCGGGAAAUCCUUCAUUUGCUGUGACAAGCUUACCAAGGAUGAUAUAAAGGUGUACGCUGCAGUGUUGGAGAAGCCGAGUGGAAGUCUCUUCCCCAAUGUCAGCCAGUGGUACGACGCCGUCUCCUCCCAGCUCGCCCCGAGCUUUCCGGGCAAAGCUGUUGGGGUGAGAAUAGCUGGCCAAGCUGCUCCAGCUGAAGCUGCUCCAGCUAAGGAGAGUAAAGAGGAAGCUCCUGAUGAGGAUGAUGACCUGGAUCUCUUUGGUGAUGAGACUGAGGAGGAGAAAAAGGCUGCAGAACAGAGGGAGGUGACUAAGGCAUCCACCAAGAAGAAAGAAAGUGGGAAGUCAUCUGUUCUUCUGGAUGUGAAACCUUGGGAUGAUGAGACAGACAUGAAGAAGCUGGAAGAGGCUGUUCGGAGCAUUGAGAUGCCGGGUCUCUUUUGGGGAGCAUCAAAACUGGUGCCGGUUGGGUAUGGGAUAAAGAAGAUGCAGAUUAUGAUGACCAUAGUGGACGACCUCGUCUCGGUUGAUUCACUCAUAGAAGAACGUUUGACGGUUGAGCCCAUUAACGAGUACGUACAGAGUUGUGACAUUGUCGCCUUCAACAAAAUCUAAAAAAAAUUGAUCACCCGGCCCCGAAGUUCUAUUCUUCUUCUAGCUUUUCCAUCGUUCUGGUGCAGUAAUUUUGUAUUCUAUAGUUUUCCGGUUUUGCUAUGGUUUUUAGUGGUUGCUGAGUGGACAAAUACGAACCCAACCUCUCUCUCUUAUAUUAUGUUUUGACAUUAUCUUCACUUCACUGCUAAUCUCCAUUCCUUUUUAA